AUGUGGCGUUACCUCGUAAUAGUCCUACUACAACUGGAGUUACUGCGAGGCAGCGACAUCUCCAAUGAGGUGGCUGACGAGGAAAUGGUGCUAGCUUUUGUGGUUAAUCGUCAUGGAGAAAGAGCACCAGAUUCUGAUGAAUUAGCGCUAUCAGAUCAACAAGAAAAGUUGAGAAACUUGACACACAUCGAAGGUUUAGAGGGACUGACUAACGCUGGUAAACGUCGGGCGUAUGAAAUAGGUAAAUUCAUUCGUCAACGCUACGGACACGAGGGCUAUGGUCUGCUGUCUAAAAUAUAUAUGCCAAGUGAAGUAGAGAUCAGGAGUACUGAUAAAGACAGAACGAAGAUGACCGCACAGAUCGUGAUGGCUGCUGUCUUCCCUCCAGAGCCAGAGGAACAGUGGGACGAAGGUUUGGGAAAGAUCUGGCAGCCGGUCCCUUACACAGCCAUACCUCUGUCAGAGGAUUAUUUGCGGUAUUAUGCUAAUUGCCAGAAAUUCAAGGAGCUCAUGGCUAUUGCUAAGAAAAAGGCCGUGUUGGAAGAAUUCCAUCAAUUCAAGGAUAUGGUUUCUCUGGUGUUGAAGGAGACAGGGAAAGACUUCAGCGAGGAUCCGAUCCAGUUUCAGACUAUAUUCGAUCUGUUUAAAAGCACGGUCAGUUUAGGACUAGACAUUCCAGAAUGGGCGAAACCUUUACUACCCAAGCUAGGGGAAGCAGCCAGGUUAGCUUACAGGCUCUACUUUAAAACUGACGAAAUGAAGAAAAUUGGAGGAGGAGUGCUGCUCAACGAUUUCAUCGAAGCAGCAAAAAAGAUAUCAUCAGGUGAGCCGAUGAAGAAACGUUUCCGAAUGUUCUCCGGACAUGACUUCAACAUCGGCUCCCUGAUGGAGGUUACCAAGGUCAUCAGACACGAACAGAGCAACCCGGAGUAUGGAGCAUUGUUUGCCUUGGAGCUGUACAAGUCAAAGACGACCGGGGAAUAUUCAGUUGUGCCUAUCUAUCUACCUCGAGCUGGAGCAUCGUCAGUACAAGUUCUUCACUUCAGUUUCUGUGAGAACAGCUCCCACUGUAGCUUGGAGAAGUUCAUUGAAAAUACCAAGGAGUUCGUUCUACCAGAGAAAGAAUUCUACAACAUCUGUACCAUUAGAACCGAACUGUGA